AUGGAGAACGCCGCCUCUCGCUUUGGCCAGCACCUUGCUCACACUGAGAAAAAAUACCGUGACCGUGCCUUGAAAAAGUUGACUGUCUACUUAACGUCCAAAAACGGGUGGACAGCGCUGGAAUGGGACAAGCUCUGGAAAGCGCUUUUCUACUGCAUGUGGAUGAGCGACAAACGGCCGGUGCAGGAAGAGCUGUCGUCGAAUUUGGCGGCACUGGUGCACCGCAUCCCGACCACGGACUUGGCCCUUGAAUUUGUGCACUCUUUUUUUCGGACCAUGCAUCGAGAAUGGCACGGACUGGACGGUCUCCGGCUGGACAAGUUCUACUCGCUCGUCCGCAAAUUCGUGCGCGAGACUGUUGCGCUUUUGCGCGCUCAGCAUUGGGAUGAGAAAUGGGUCCACGAGUUUGUCGCGAUCGUGUCGACGGAGAUUGUGAGUCAAUUGCCCAAUGGACUGCGGCUGCACUUGGCUGAUGUAUACUUAAUCGAGAUGCACAAUGCCGUCGGCCAAGAGAUUACGACCGGAGCUUUCGUGGCGUUGCUCGAGCCAUUUUUUACGCUAUUGAGCAGCGAGUAUGACAAGAUGGUGUUCAAGCGCGUGCGGGAGUCCGUGUUUGAAGAUUUGCUGACCAAGUUCAAGUGUGGACCGCUGUCGGAGACGAAGAUUGAUGACAGUCAAGAGGAGACGGACGGAGAAGAGGGCGACGAAGAGGAGGAGAAAAGGUUCGAGCAGGUGGAGGUCGCCCAAGUGCAGCACCGGAUCUUUGCCAUUGCAUCAGCGGAUGAAACGGCUGAAUGCAACCGCUCGGGGCUCUACACUCUGUACAAGAAGUUUUAUGCUACCACGCACAUUGACUCGUUUCAGGCUGCCCGGGAGGAGGCAAAGCAGAUUGUGGACAUCGAGGAGAAAGAAAAGAAAGUGAAGCCUCUUGCACGGGAGACUGUGAAGGAGUGUGCGGACGUCGGGAAGGCGGGGGGUGAGGAUCGGAAGAAAUCGAAGAAGUUUAAGAAGCGGGAGAUCAAAAACGAGGCUGAGGGGGACGCGAAGGUGAAGGAUCUGGUGAAGACGGAAGUCACGCAGGUUGGAGUUGCGGUGAACAGUGAGAAGGUGGUCAAGUCCUUGACAAAGAAGACCAAGAAGCAGAAGUGUGGCAUCGGCGUGAAGGUUGAGGAAGCCACAUCGACUAUUUCUCAGGAAGCCACAAAGCAGGAGCAUGUCACUGAGGUGAAGAGUGAGGCCGUCGCGACAGCCAUCCCUACCGGGAAGAAUAAGAAGACGCAGGCAAAGACGAAGCAAGAAGUGGAGGAGAAGGCUGUGAAGGAGGAACCUGCUUUGUCCGCACGAAGCAAGUCUUUGGAGAACAAAACAGAGGAAAAAGCUGUGAAGAAGGAGGUGUUCGUUACGAAGAGUGGCAAAAAGCUCAAGCGAUGCAGUUCGUGUGGCGGCUUUGGCAAGGAUUUGGUGCCAAAGGACAAGAUUCGGUGUGGUCACUGCGAACGCAGUCAAAAGGCAGAAAGAAAGAAGGCUGCAUCGGCCUUAAAAAAGCGGAAGGCCGAGCCACAAGCACAUGUCGCACAAGAGGAACAAGAGAAGAUAGAGUCGAGCAAAAGGUGA